UUAAGAUAUCGAUGCAUGCAGCAUUCUUGCAUUGUCUUCAGAGGUAGACAAAGCCAGAAACAGAGAGAUACAGAUUGGGAAGAAACAAAUAUUCAGAUAACUGAUAUAUACAGGGGAUUUGAUAAAGAGAAUAAACACUUUUCUACUAUUUUUUAAUGGAAACAAUAGCUGACAAAUCCAGGGAUGAUGAGUUAAGAAACAUGGAUCAUAACCCUGUUUCAGCUAAGACACAAGCAGAUAAAGAUCUUGUAUCAUCGAUCAAAGAGAAGCUUGAAGCGGUUUCAUCUUUGAAAUCCAUCUUCAGAGUCCCAUUGAAACUCCUAGAAGUAAAUGAGAACAUGUACAUCCCUGGCACAGUUUCUAUUGGUCCUCUCCAUCAUGGCAAGGAUGGUCUAAAGUACAUGGAAGAUCGCAAGUGGCAUUACCUGUUCACACUGCUGAGUCGACAACCAAACCAGUUAGAGUCAAGUUUGCACGAAUGUGUGAAUGCACUGAGCGAUUUAGAGAAGCCAGCACGAAACUUUUAUGCAGAAGAACUGAACCUCAGAAGCAACCAGUUCAUCGAAAUGAUGCUAGUUGAUGGGUGUUUCAUCAUUGAGCUUCUCUUGAAAUAUGCUAUAAAGGGUAUAAGACGUGGUGGUGACCCCAUAUUUGUCACGCCAGGGUUGCUCAAUAAGGUUAGAUGUGACCUUAUAUUGUUAGAAAACCAAAUACCAUUUCUCAUUCUUCAAAGGUUGUUUCAAAUAGUACUCGUUCAAGUACAACAUGACCAGACCCUGACCCUGUCCGAGCUUACCUUUCGUUUCUUCAGAAAACAGUUGCCGGGGGAUAGGGAAUUUGUGAAUGAGAAGUUUAGCCAAGAGGGUUACCAUUUGCUUGACCUGAUUCGCCAGUGUUACCUUCCAAACUAUGCAAGAGUAGUGUCCAAGAAAAGUGUAUCUCAAGGUGAUCUUGAAUCGGCAACAAAGCUCAAGAAGGAUGGGAUUAAGUUCAAGAGAUCCAAAGCCAAGUGCUUACUAAAAUUAAAAUUUUCAAAUGGGGUGCUUGAAGUUCCUCCCUUCACACUCCAUCAUUUCACGGAAAUGCUAUUUUCCAAUAUGAUAGCAUUGGAACAGCACCAGAAUGAUAGUCAGCCUUUCACAUCUUAUGCCCUUCUAAUGCAAGCCAUGGUGAGCACUGAAAAUGAUGCCAAGUUGUUCCACAAACUAAGGAUACUGAUCAUGAAUAGUUACCCUGAGAAAGAAGCUUGUGAUCUGUUUAAGAGGCUUGGCAGAAAAGUGGAUUAUGAGGAGGAUAAGUUCUAUUUUGCAGGUCUGAUUGAACAAAUUUUGGAGUAUAAAAGAGUCCCGAAAUCAUGGAGGAAGAUAUUGAAAUGCAACUGGCUUAAAACUCGUACUACAUGAAUCACAUUAUGCAAAUUUGGAGGACGUUGGUUUUCCGAGGUGAGGAGAAAAUGUAUCAGAACCAAGAGAAGUGCCACCUGUCCCAGUUCAUCCAUUCCAUCCAAAUAUGAAAGGAGGAAGAGGGGUCUUAGCACGGAGUACGCUGAUGCAAUGCAGCAGUUCUUUUUUAUUUUUUUUCUUAUACAUGGUCAUUGUGAAAAGUACAAUGUUGUUUGUUGUUUCCUUCUAAUUCGUUCAAUGUAACGAUAGCUGUGGAUGUUCUUAAAACAGUUAAAUCGCUCCACUUCUUAAGUGUCAAGUAUGGCGAAUUUAAGAUCUAAAUAUGACGUUAUUGGUUUCUUUGAUUGCGGUUGAAUAGAUUUUGAAACGAGGACAGAGAGUAGAAAUCUUUUGGUGUUUCGAUUGAAUAGAUUUUGCAUGCGGUUUUUUGCUCCUCUUGAUGGUUUCUCGUUUAUGUUGUUUAUUUUGUUUUUAAUUAAUAUUGCAAUGUAGAUAUACCUUUAUUAGUUAUCACUAACCAUACAGUGUGGAUGAACCCUAGUUUGAGCAUAAACAAUUUUUGAAAGUGAAGGUUUUUUUUAGUUUCCUUAUUUUUGUGUCUGUUGUCUUCUAUUUGGUAUAUGCUUAUCUUGUUGGCUGAUUUGCUGCUAUAAAAGGUUCUAAAAGUUUAGUCAUUAAUGGAAAUUCUUGGUGAAUUUAGGGUUGCUUUUUACUAUGAAGAGAAAAAGGGGUAGGGUAUCACAUCAACGUGUGGCCAAUGCUGACUAUUUGAGAGCUACCUUGGUUGGCUUUUGGAAAACAAGCUGAGAACGAGAAUGUGAAGAACAAGCUGUUGUUUCUUGACAAUGUAAACAAAGGAUUAUCAAUAGCGUUCCUUUUAGCUAACCAACUCGUCUAUUUAGACAUGUAAGUUAGGUUCUUUUCAAUUGCUACAUAGAAAAGAAGAUUAGCCUAUUGACUUAUAACUAGUUUGGAAAAAGAGGACAUUAUGAUUAUCCUACUCUAAAGGAGUCAUAAGGAGAUACA